UUUAGGGAAGGGGACUGGUGGAUGCUCGCCGUAUCUCUUUCUUUACAGCUUUCGCCGUCGCCGUCGCCGAUUUCCCGAUCUGUUGCCGCCAAACUAAAACACAAAUACUCAAUUUCCCGCCCUUCAACAAUUUUUCAAAAAUUCUUCGCCAAUUUCCCAAUUCUCUUACUCCUUCCCACCUUUUUCCUCUCGGAUUUUACACUUCCGCCUCCAAUUUUUCGCCUCGUUUCCUUGCAUGGCGGCUCCGUCGCCAACCGUUAGCAACAAUAGCUCCGACACCGCCACCACCACUGCCAGCGCAGUCACGGUUAACGCCGCUGUUUCCUCCAACCAUUUGGCCAACCGUACCGCAACGCCGCCGAAGACCCUUCGCGGACUCAACAAACCCAAGUGUAGGGUUUGUGGCAAUGUUGCUCGUUCCAGGUGUCCUUAUGAAUCAUGCAAGAGCUGUUGUGCGAGAAAUCAAAACCCGUGCCAUAUCCACGUGUUAAAAGCAAAUGCGACUUUUACGGACAAGACGCCUACUUCGAGCUCUCCUCUAUUUGACAAGCAAUCGGCAGAUCCAUCAUCAUCUGGGGCUUCCCAUAGAGUAGCUUCACUUCGACAACUUUCUAGCAACUUUUCCCAGUUCAACAAUGUGCAAAUCCCUCUCCGUUCACGGAAGCCACUGACUAGAAAGGAUGCCGCUGCAAUUAAUGAAUGGAGAUUUUCCAAGUUGAGGGAAUUUCGGGAGAGACAUAUUGAAGCAGAAAAUGAAGCUUUUGAUCGAUACAUGAAGAAUGUUAAUCUAUUGGAGGAGGUAUUUUCCAUGAAAUCUAUGGUUGAUGGGUCUCUCAAGGACGGACCCUCAAACUUUGCUACAGAAGGCACUGAGGAAGUGAUACCUGGAUUGAAGUUAUCUUUAGGAUCAGGAUCAGACGACUCUAGAAAGAGGAUACGGGAAAUUGUUGAAGAUGGACUAAUGAAGCUUCAAAAAGUCGAGGCAACUGAUAACGUCGAUGAGGUUACUGACCAGGUUGAAUCUGGUAAGGUUGCUGACCAGACAAAUCGUAACGAUGGAUGCACAACAGUAAAAGGUUGGCAUGCCAAAAGAGCUCGAGCUUUAGGUGACCUCAUUGACAAGCUAAACAAAGCCCGGAAUGAGGAGGAUUUAAAAUCUUGCUUGGCAAUGAAACACCAGCUAUUUAACCAGCACAUAACAUCCAGUCUAACAGAAUCUGCAGAGACUGACAUGCCCAAGGAGCAAGUUAUAAAGAAAGAUUUAGACUCAAGGAAAGAAUUGGGUUAUUCAUUGCCAAAGUUGAUUAAUAAAACUAUUAUUGAUCAAGAAACUCUUAACCGAAUCGAUGCUCACUUUUCUUCCCUUAAGCAGAUAGACAAUCUAUGAUUUGAUGCAGAUUUUUUUUCCUCUAUUGACUUUAGGUCAAGGUCUCCAAACAUGAUGCUGUUAUGUCCUUGUGUAAUUUGUUCGCUCAACAGCCAUUGAUGUUCAUAUGGCAACAGCAUUAAAUGUGCAUUAUCUUUCCACAGA